AACGAAAUGCAUUUGAGAUAUGGGAUUGAACUAAAAUAAAACAGCAGAUCUGGAAUAAGUGUUCGGCACGGACUUGAAGGGCCGAGAUGGCCUGUUUCAGUGCUGUAAUUGUUAUAUGGUUAUAUGGUUAUAUGUCAAACAUCAUCUGCCCCGAAGGCUUGUGUUGAGGAAAGCUUCACUUUGUACAGUAAGGUAUAAUAAGCAUGUGUGGAAAUAUGUCACCAAGCCACUUUGAGAAUGCAGGCACCUUGUGCAUUCUUCUGUAAUCCCUUUUGCUCAUUUCAUAAUCUAGUCCUCAAUGCUAUAAAUAGGCUGCAUAUUCAGUUUCAAACCAGUUCCUGCUCUUUACUUCAGUUCAGUUAAAUGCGCCUACUUGAUGUUCCUCUGCAUGAAACGUGUCUUCAAAUUGAAAAUUUAUAUUUCUGGAGAAGAAAGAAAAACGUAAUCUACAAAGUGACAAGAAUUUAGAAUUUUUUUUCCCCGCCACCACCUCUGAACUAGUAGCGAAGUUCGUCGAGAGGAGAAACGGAUUGACGAUUGGUGUGAUUUGAAAGAAACACUCUUCUGAUAUGUCAUCCGGGAAAAAGAUGCAAAUCUUUUCACAGUUCAAAUGGAGAAUAGGCAAGAAACAGAAAAAGGAGAGAAAGAAAUCUGUGUCUCAAGAUGAUAUAGAUUGUGAUUUCAGUCAAUUUAAACAAGAACCCACGUCGUUUUGGAGAAGCAGGUCAGAAGAUUCGGGGCUGGACUUAUCGAGCCCAACUUGCCUGUAUCAGAAGAGGGCAUCAUCUGACGUACAAGAGGACAACUCCGAACACAGCAGGUACACCUCAAACAGUUCCAGCCUCUACUCUUUCUUGUCGUGCGACAGCAGAUCGGGACUGUACGAACGAUCUCUCAGCUGUGUCGCCCUCUCGGAUGGAGCGAGUGAAAGUAAAAUGGCGUUGUCCCCCAUGGAUGAUGAGGUCUUCGUGAUGAACAAUGUACCUCCUUUACCUCGUGCACCUCCAUCACCAAAACUAUCGGGCAACUUUGCAAAGCUGACUGUACCCGCAAAGGCCGACCCCACGGUCACUGAUGUCUCCAAGAGCAAGACAAAAAAAGAUGUCUGUGAAAUAACUUCGAAUCACUGGUGGAAGAAAACCAAAUGGAAUACGACAGAGGAACCUGCAAUCUUGGAGAAAGUUGGGCGCAACAUGCAACUCAGACAAAAUAAGCUGGAGACCAAGUUCAGACCCAGCGCUUCCAGUGAAGAGAUGAGAAUGGGAAUGUUGUUCCGAUUGUGCAACUUGAUGGAGAAAAUUACUGAGCUGGAGAGAGAACGUCUGCAACUUCUGAAGCAAAACCAUGAACUUCAGGACCAACUAUCUGAAAGUCAACGAGCUCAAGUCAUGUUUCUCAGCUGCUGUACCUGUGUCGCUGGGCCCAGACUGAAUGCCCCUCAAACUGGCACACAGCCCACCAGCCUCGCCAGGCCGCCAGUGACAAGGAGACACCCGACACCACAGACAGGGAGCGGUCAAGUUGCCUUUGGGUCACCUCCAGAAGUCGACGUGGACUUUGAGUUUGGAUGCUCUCAGCAGCUGCAAGACGACGCGGUUUACACACCAGAAACGCCCGCUGGUGGGUCUAUUAACGUGUUACACCACAUGUGUGUUAGUCACGUGUGAGGGACAAUCCUCUCGGCAGCACAAGUGGAAACUGCAAUUGAUCGGUUGUCUUCGUCCAAACGUUGUUUGUGACGCCCUCUGGUCUACGAUCGGGUGGAAUAUCAGCUGUACCCUCUCUCCCCUGCUGAGGGUUGUACAUUCAUUAUAUUGAUUAGACGCAAGCAACUGCAGAUGCUGCUUUACGAAACAAAAGUCGUUUUGUUUUUCUAUGGUGUUCACACUGAAUUGGACCCCAAAUAGAUUGAAGACCGAGAUAAAAUGGUGGAGUAACUCGGUGAGUUUGUGUGGCACGGUGGUGCAGCGGUAGAGUUGCCACCUUACAGCGCCAGAGACCCAACCCUUCCCACACUCCAAAGACGUACAGGAUUGGAGGUUAAUUGGCUUGGUAUUAAUGUAAAAUUAUCCCUGGUGUGGAGGGUAGUGUUAAUGUGCGGGGAUCGCUGGUCGACGCCGACUCGAUGGGCCGAAGGGCCUGUUACUGUACUGUAUCUCUAAAAACUGACCUCUGGGGAAGAUGGACAUGUGGCAUUUCAGGUCAAGACUCUCAGUUAGUAGCGUCUUUAGAAGAAUCUGACACGUAUCUUAGAUGUUUGUCAACGAACAUUUACAGUCAUCUCCACACGUUGAGUUAUUUAUGGUGUACACUUCACCACCUGUUGCGUAGACUUCCGUUAUUGUUCCAUUUGCAAUUGUCUACUCUGCCAUUCAAUCAUGGCUGAUCUAUCUCUCCCUCUCAACCCCAAUCCCCUGCCUUCUCCCCAUAACCCCUGACACUCGUACUAAUCAAGAAUCCGUGAAAAAUACCCAUUGACGUCCCCCACAGCCGUCUGUGGCAAUGAAUUCCGCAGAUUCACCACCCUCUGACUAAAUAAAUUCCUCCUCAUCUCCUUCCUAAAGGUACAUCCUUUAAUUCUGAGGCUAUGCCCUCUGCUCUUAAACUCUCCCACUAGUGGAAACAUCCUUUCCACAGCCACUCUAUCCGGGCCUUUCAGUAUUCAGUAAGUUUAAAUGUGGCCCCUUCUCAUCCUUCUAAACUCCAGCGAGUACAGACCCAGUGUCAUCAAAUGCUUACAGCUAAUACCCUCGAAUGCAGGCAUCAGAUACAUUCUUAAAGGGACAGCAUCAUGAUUCGAACAUGAGGAAAUAGCGAUAUAUUGAUCACACCAGCAGACAUUAUUUGCUGCUAAUUCUGAUCAGUGCAAACAUUUGUGGUUAUUCCAGAACAAAGGAAAUGGAAUAGAUUUCAAUUUACAAGCUCAUAGGCAAUCUAGACAAUUAGCAACCUGAGGUGAUGCAAGGAAGUAAAUAUAUUGUAAUUACAUUUUUGUAAAUGCAUUGAUAAUAGCGUACAUUUCAAAUAUCAUGAAUUAAGUAUCAAAUAUCUCAUUAUUGAUAAACUUUGUGAACUUCAUGUAAAACUUUGUGUGAAAUGUAUGUAGAGUGUAUAUGGUACAAGAUUCAAUACAAAGUUGUGUUGGUGCUUUACUUGGUUUUAUUGGUUCUUUGUUGAAUCAUCUGCACUGCAGAGUGAAAUUAUUUUUGCACGGGUCACUCAUGCACAAGUCAUCAUGUUUUGUCCACAAGCCCAUCCAGAAAGUUGCCUUGAAAGAAAAGUAACAGGUGAUGUGUGCGAGGACGUGGGUUGUCGGAAGCGAGGAAGGCAAAAGGGGGUUGAUUGGAAGAAUGUAAUGACAAGGAACUGCAGACAAAAGUUUAUACCAAAGCUGGACACAAAAUGUUGGAGUAACUCAGAGGGUCAGGCAGCAUCUCUGGAGAACAUGGAUAGGUGACGUUUUGGGCCAGGACUAUUCUUCAGACAUAGUUUAUUAUCACAUGUACUGAGGUACAGUGAAAAGCUUUUGUUAUAGAGUCAGAGAGUUAUACAGCAUGGAAACAGGC